AUGCACCACGAAAAGAAAAUAAGCAUGGAGGACACUUGGACUACUGCCGAGUUGAAAAGACAACUUUCCAGGAGGAGGGAACAGGACCACGACAGAAGGCAGCAUCGCGGUGGGGAAUCCGCGGAAAGACGUCACAGGGACUCCCGAGGGGACAGGGACCAGAGAGAGCGUCAUGCAGAAAGACGGGACUUGCAUCGAGAGGAUCGAAGGGGUGACUGGGACAAGAGGACGGAUGAGGGACGGGACAAACUGGAGGAUGGCAACAGACGUGGCCCCGACUCCAGAGAAGACAAGGAAAAGCGGGCUAAAGUGAGGCCAAGGGAGGGACAUGAGGAGGAGGACAGACACAAGAGGAAGGACGACAAGGAAAGACAAAGAGAGGAAAGAGACAGGGAAAGACGGAGGGAGGAACGGGAUAAAGAAAAACGCAGGGAAGAGCGGGAAAGGAGGAGACCCGAUGAGAGGCUGGACGAUCAAGACAGACGAGAGAGGCAUGAGGAAAGGAAGCAUUCGAGGGAAGAAAGAGAGCAACACCGAAAACAAAGAGAAGAGCGAGAAAGGAGACACAAAGAGAGAGCAUCUCACGACGAAACGCUGAGGCGUGCCAGAGAAGAGGAAACUGAGGAAGAGCGAGCUGAGCGGGAAAGACGCAGAGAGAGGCGGCGCAGGGAAGCGGCUGAGAGACAUCACAGCAGCCCAAGGAAAUCUAAAGCCAGUCACGGCCAGGACACUGAGACCAAAAAAGUUGAGGAGGACGUGAUGCAUUCAAGAAACGUGGCAACUAAAGAUUCCGCAGACAGGGAAGAAACAGUGCAGGCACCAAAGGCUGAGCCUUCGCAAGAGUACGAGGAUGAUUUUGAGGAAUACGAGGAGGAUUUUGAAGAACUAGACGAGGACGGCGAGAAGGAAGAUGAGAAUUUAGAGAUGUCCGAGGAGGUAAAAGCGAUCCAGAGAGCCAUGGGUGAAGAAAAUGAACGAGUCAGAGCGUCGUUUUCUAGACUCAGCAAAGAGGAAGAAGAGGAAAAGCCUGAAUUGUCCCAAGGUAAAGAGAAGAAGAACAUUAGAAGCUCACAGCGUGGAAAGUUCAUUGACUUUGCGGCCGCAAAGAAGCGAGAAGCAGGGAAGAAAGUCGCUAUGAAACAAAAAAAGCGCAGUGGAGAGCUGCUUCGCUUAAUUGAUCUGGAUUUGUCCACUACGGUGUCCCUUCUGGAUUUACCACCAGUCAGUGAAUAUGACAUGUACAUUCGGAACUUCGGUGCUGCUAACACAAAGCAGGCUUACGUGCAGUGGAACGAGGAAAAUGCAGACCGGGACAUUCAAACUGAGGAGCUGGAGUUGAGUGACAAGUGGACGCAGCAUCCCGCAGAACUGAGCGGUGCCUGUGGCGAUCCAAACCGGACAAAUGAAACACGAAGCAUAAGUGGGAUGAACUUGGAUUCAAGACGUUUGGCUGUCUUCCUGCAUUCUGCGUCCCAGGUGAUGGCAGUGCUGCUGGAGGAGGAUCACACCGAAAGAAGCUCCCUACAAGGCCGAAAGACGCAAAAGGAUGCGCUGUCUUUUAGUGACGGAAGUCUACAGCUCAACACCAACUUGCAUUUUCUCCGCAGUCGCGUCAUCAGCCAGGUGCUCUUCUCUCAGGCGCAGAGGCACACUCUCCUGUCGGUUCACAUGCCCUCAGCUUCGUCCAGUGACGUCAGGCUGCAUCACAGCUGCACCAUCAUCUGCGUCUGGAACAUGUGGGAGCCGUCUAGACCGCGGAAGGUUCUGCUUUGUGACUCGGAGGUGCAGUGCUGCUGUUUCAGCCCAGGAAAGGCCACAUUAGUGUUCGCAGGUACUUCCAUCGGUUCCGUGGCGGUGUGGGACCUUCGGGAGCCCGACGGGAACCACGAACGCCUGAAAGUGGGCGAUGACGAGUGGACUUUCAGACGACCCACUUUCUCCACCGAUGCAGUGCCCUCAGCCCAUUUCUCAUCAGUGACGUCCGUGGAGGUUGUUACCACCACUGUACCCGGUGGGCCGGGGUCAGAGGUGGCCUUUUUAGCAUCUGAGGAAGAGUUGUUGGGAUUGUCCUUUCAAUUGGCAUCUCUGGACGAGAACGGGCUUCUGAAUCUUUGGGUGGUAGUGCAACUCGCAAAAGCCAAUGAGGCUGGCUCCCAGACAGACCUAGGGCUGAGACCGGGUGGCAAAGUGAAGCUGCUCCACAGCUCCGGCUGCGUGACGGCCGAGGGGGUGUCGCCCUCGCACGCUGACAAAACGGGACCGAUGCAGUCGCUUCAUUUAAAAUUUCUCCCCACUGACCCCAGUCACUUUUUCAUCGGUAACAAUAUGGGUCAGGUCAACCACGGCACCACGCAGGGAUUGAAGGCCUUGCCCAGGUGUUACAGCUCGCAGGAGUUAGCAGCCCGGCUUGUUGAUGUCACCGCCAUCCAGUUUUCUCCUUUCAAACCACAUUUGUUUUUGGUUGGCUGCAACGAUGGCAGUGUGCGGUUGCACGACUUCAACAGUGACAAACCGGUGGCCGAGUGGACCGACAGCACUGCCGGGAAGUCUGUGGUCUCGCUGCAGUGGAGCCAGACCAGAGCGGCGGUCUUCUGCGUGUUGGACGCCGCAUCCCGCCUUUACAUUUGGGACCUGCUGAAAAGAGAAACAGCGCCUGUGGUUACAGAGCGAUUAAACACCGACAGGCUGACGGCCAUGGCUGCGUUUGGAGAUCCGGCACAACUGAACACAUAUUCAGGAAUAGCGACAGCCCACCAAUCGGGUAAAAUAGAAAUGCACUAUUUCACACGGGAAUUUACCAUACAAAGUAGUGAAGAAGAAAAAACAUUAGAAGGAAAGAUUUUAGAAUCCUUUUGA